UUGAAUUGCCCGUUUGGUUUCUUUCCACAUCUUCAUUUUUCCUUUUCAAAAUAUCAGUUCUUCCUUGUAAAACAAUUGUACUAACCACAACGAUAUUGAGAUCAUUGCCAUGGCGGUUUCAGCCUUCAAAUCUUCUUCCAGAAGAAGCAAUCUCACUAACCCUUCUUCUUCUUCUUCUUCAUCAACCGCCACACCGAGUGUUCGACCAAACGCCGACGCUUCACCGGCGAGGAAGCCAGCCACUCUCCGGAGAUCGAGAAGCGUAAGCGCAUUUUCCAGGACCAGUUCAGAAAUCCCGGCGUCCUCUUCCGACGAUUUCCUCAACAAGAGAGACAAUCCGCUAUUCUGGUCCACCGGCUCGCCGCCUGACCUCGAGAUCAAUCCCGUCUCGGUUGCUCCCUUAAAGGGCGUCGUAUCCGAUUCCGGCGAGGCCAACCGGAAGAAGGAGAGCUCCGAUGGGAGGGGACGACAGGCUGCGAGAAAUCCCGAUGCUUUGCCCGGUAGGAAGGAGGUCGGACGGAGCUUGUCGAGGGUCGACGCCGGUCGCCGCAAUCGAUCCGUGUCUCGAGGUCCUGUUUCGAGGAGACAUUUCGUCAAUUCCGAGAGUGAAGCAGAGCAAGAAUGUUGUUCAGUGAAGAAAAUUGGGAGUAGAAACAAUUCAGAUUUUGAAACGGGUAAUGAUAAAGAUAAGAGAAGUUUGGUUAGAACUCGAAACAGUUCAGAUAUGGCGGAUCAGAAGGGUCUAAAGACGUGGUCAAGUCGGCAUUUGGCUUUGGAGCCUUCACGUGAUUCUGCUUUGAAUUCGUCUCGUUCACAUCCGUCGACUUGGGACGAUGAAGAGAAGACCAUUAAAGUUUUUUGCGAGCAAAUGAAGCCUUUGCAGUCGUCAGUCAAAGGGGACCCUUUGGAAAGCGAUGCUACUGCAAGUGGUAUAUAUGAAACCGUUCGAUCUGAAGUGAGGCGUGCAAUAUCUGAAAUCCAAAAUGACCUUCAAAAGGCCAUUCAAAGGAGUAAUACUUCUGCUAUUGCUACUACAAAUAUAACCGAUAUUCCUCCUGAUCUGGUAAGCCCAAGUGCAGUUGAAUUGGUUUUGGACAUCAGAAGAGAAUAUGCCAAAAAGCUUGAGCAGUCCCAAGAACGUGCUAGAAAACUUCGAGGAGAUUUGGCUGUGGAAGAACACCGUGGACUGGAGCUGAGCCGAAUCUUGAAAGAAGUACUUCCAGAUCCCAAGACCUCGAAUGUACCAAAGUCUCGUACAACAAGAAAAGGUAGCAUUGAAAAGAGGAAGAUGUCCAAACGUCUAACAGAAGAGGCCAUGGCUUACUUCGAUGAAUGUGUUUCUUUAUCGACAUUUGAUAGUUCCGACUUCUCAUCACAAGAGGACGCACCUUUUGAACUAGCUGGUGUUAAUGCCUAUGUUGCCAAUAAUGUAUCGUCACUCCAAGCAAGCUCAAGUGCUUCCACCACCAAUAGCUCAAACAGUUGUUUGAAGGAUAAACAGGACUCGGGCUUUCAAGUUCACGUUGCAAACAUCAAUGAUGCUGCGGACCUAAUAGCAAGCAGUAGCCAUAAGGAGCCCCAUUUAGAUCAAUGUAGUCCGACCAGUGUGAACGCAGCACGGCAUUGGAAAUCUCCUUUCUCGUUUGCUCGUAAUAAGCCAAUGGAAACUACUAAUCUACAACAGGGCAUUCAGAAGUACAUCAGAAAUUCGGAGAAAGACAUCAGGAAAGGUGAUAAUGACAUUAACUUCCAUUUGUUGAGAUCAAGCAAUUGCGACUUGGAUGAGCAUAAUUUGCAGGCUGUGGCCCAAAGCUUUGUGUUUGACAGGGUGGUAAUGAGAAAUAGAAUAGAAUCUAGUAGUUUGCUACUCUGCAGUGGUGGGGUUUCAGUUUCGUUUUCUCCUUUUGCUUCUUUUUUCUAAAUCUAUGUUUAGCUCCACACUCCUUCGG